AUGCAUGAAAUCCUACACAUUCAGGGUGGUGAAUGCGACAAUCAGAUCGGAGCAAAGUUUUGGGAGGUGGUUUGCGUCGAGCACGACAUCGAUUCCACCGAACAAUACAUCGGCGACUCAGAUCUGCGGCUGGAGCGAGUCAAUGUGUACUACAAUGAGGCUAGUUGCAGUCGGUUUGUCCCCCAGGCUGUCCUCAUGAAUCUUGAACCGGGCACCAUGGACAGCAUCCGAUCCGGCUCGGUUGGACAGAUCUUCCGACAGGAUAACUUCAUAUUUGGACAAUCUGGUGCUCGGAAAAACUGGGCCAAGGGCCAUUACACUGAGGGUGCUGAACUUAUGGAAUCGGUGCAUGACGUGGUGGUGGGGGAAAGAGAGGGUGAAGAAGAUGAACAGUAG